AUCGCGAGCAACCAAACAAACAAAGACCGAGUGACGCGUGGCACUCUCAUGCAUCGAUCCUCAGAUAGGCAUACACAGCCUGCAGCCCCAUGCAAAUGCCACGUACCCCACACUCCUACGUUACUAGUAGUACUAAUAAAUCUCUUCUUCAUUUAUAUAAUCAUCACACUCACUCCUCACGCCUUUUACGCACAUCUCACGAACCAAAAGCCAAACAAACAUGGCGACAAGUAGAACCACCUCUGUAUCAUCAUCAUCGACAACCACCGGCCACGUAAUUGCUAAUCUGGCGGCCUUGUUACUCUUCUUGUUGAUCUUAUUAUCCCCCAAUUUGCCCGUCUCUACGGCGGCGGCGGCGCUGGAACACGAGGUGGAGGAGGGCAGCGGCGGCCGGCGGCCAUUCCUUGUGAAGAAGGGUGAAAGGGAAACGACGGUGUCGACGGAGGACGGGGAGGUUUCCACCGUCAGAAUCAGCGACGGGAUAGGCAACGGGAGGUUCCAUAUCGAGUCCAUCACCUUGGAGCCCAACGCCUUGUUCCUCCCUGUUCUUCUCCAAUCUGAAAUGGUUUUCUAUGUUCACACAGGGAGUGGGAAUAUCAGUUGGACAGAAGAGAGUGAAACAAAGCAGGUUGAAGUGGAAAAGGGAGAUAUCUAUAGGCUCGAACCCGGAACUGUUUUCUACAUAGAAAGCAGUUAUAGCGAGAAACUUAGAAUCUAUGCCUUCUUUGCCAAUGCAGAAAAUGACUUGCAUGUAUGUACCCACACACGUACCACUCUUGACUGAAAACUUACUGUUGUUUUGCAAAUCAUUCAGGGAAAAAAAAAAUUGUCUUCUUUCUUUUUUGUGGGUCAUUUCAGGAACCAGCAAUCCGCCCGUACUCGAGUAUUCGCGAUUUGAUUCUUGGCUUUGAUAAAUCAGUCCUAGGAGCAGCAUUUGGGGUAAUUAAGUUCAUUCCCCACC